AUGGGGAUCAACGAUCUCUGGUCGGUUCUAUAUCCUGGAUUUGAUGAAAGAGUAACGGUUCCAGUGUUUGUAUCGAGGUUCAUCUCUCAACAUGGCCGUGCUCCACGUUUGGCCAUUGAUGGAUUCAUGUUUUUGUUUCAAUCGAAACAUUCAAAUCUUACAGAUUGGACUGAUGAAGCGAUAAUACGAAAUUUUAUGGCAAAACUUAUGUAUUUAAGUUCUUUAAAUAUAUCUUAUGUUGUCGUUCUAGAUGGGGUAGAAAAGCCAUUUAAAAUGAGGAACAUUACAAAUUCCACUGGGACUGAAAUUGAUUCACUUCAACCCCUGGGAUUAACCCCUGCUUUUGAACAUGAAACCAUUCAUAAGCUCAAAUUAGCUCUUUCUCAGGCACUGAUAUCUUUUAUUCAAAGUCCAGGAGAAGCUGAAGCUGAAUGUGCAAUGCUUCAAAAAACUGAAAUAGCAGAUUAUGUUUUGAGUAAUGACGUAGAUACUCUUGUAUUUGGAGCUGUACAAGUAUUACGAAACUUCUCAAGAUAUCAAGAAGAUAAGCCAGCUUCUGCAAUUACAACUACCAAAGUUAAGAGUGAAUUCUAUGUCACGCCUGUACACAUGAAGAAAGUCACUGAAAAGACAGGUUUGGAUUAUACUCGACUUAUUCUCAUAGCUACAUUACGAGGAGGUGAUUAUUCUAGUGGAGUUGAAAAAAUAGGGAUAACUAGAUCGGUGAAGUUGGCCCUCUGUGGAACUACAUUUGCGUCCUUUUACCACCGUUCACCUACAAAGGCGGAAAAGGGAGUUGCUAGACGAUCUGACCCACUUCCUGAUUUUAGUAAAAUGUUAUUGGACUGCUUUGUAGACCCAACCCAAAUGCAAAACAUUCGUAAACGGGAACAACGAGAAAUCAAGCUUCAAAGAUUAGUUCAGCUUCUUAACACAAGCAUCAUUGAUCGUUCAAGAGAUAUUUUUGAAAGAAAGGCGACCUUGGAGAACCUAUUUAUUGAAGAGUCAUUCACAAUGAUGUAUCUCUUCCCAGUUGUAUCAUCAGAGAAGUUUCAGUUCAAAGCAGGAUGUUUUAGCUUUGGAGAACAAUCUCCACAGACUUUACCUCCCAUGAGUUUUGAUUUUAACAUCAAAUAUUUGAUUCUUAAGCUCUUAUCGUUCGAUUUAUAUGCCCCAAUGAUUCGGGUAUCGAAUUCAAAAGUAAUUGACAAUGAGCAAUUUGUCAUGCUUAAGUAUGAUGGAGAUAAUCUUUUCCGUGAGGUAUAUCCCGGGAAUGACCCAAGUCAAGAAGAAUCUGACGCUUCUAAAGAGCAAAGCGUAUGGCUUCCAGUCAACCUGGUGAGUUUGGUCAAUCCAAACUUGGUAGCAGAUUUUCUUGUGAAAAAAGCUACACAAUUACAACAAAAAAAACCUUCUCCCAAGAAAAAACCCAGUCAAAAAACCACAUUAGAUAGUCUAUUCAUGAAGAAAAGACAACUGGUAAACCUCGAAAAUGAUGUUCUUGAUAAAAUUGAACUACCAAAAAAGGAAGUACCUACUAGCGCACAAACUCCAACAUUACUACCUACACCUAGUUUAUCAAAAACUUCUUCAAAAGACAUCGUGACCUCAACGAGAACUUCGUUAGUGUCUAAUUCUACAUUAAAUCUUAAGCAAAAUCCAAUACCCAAGGCAAAACCGGCACUUACACGUAAAAGAAGUCCCAAAAAACCUAGAAAAUUGUUGCCUGGCCAAUCACUAUUAACUUCAUUUUUCCAAAAUGAAGCUCAACCUGAAACUGUAGUGAAUGUUAUCUCCGAUCCUGACGUUCCUCUUUUGAAUUCAGGUCCAGAAAAUCCAUUCGUUACCAAUGACUUAUUCGUAUCUAUAUCCGAUUCUAGCUCUGAUUCUGAUUCUGAUUCUAAUAUUAAAUUGCCCAAACUGGCUCCAGAUUUCCUGUAUCGUUUACCUCCUCCUCAAUCCAGAUCAAAAAGGCCUGUGUCAGCAGGACUGGCUGAAUCCAGUCCUACAAAGAGACAUCUACUUGAACUUUCUCCUGAUAAUUCUCCGGAAAAAGUUAUGGGUCAUGAUCUCCCAAGUGUGGAAAUAUCACCCAUAAAGAAACGAAAAUAA